AACAUGUUGAAUGUUAACAAACAACUAUACGUUAUUUUCUUCAUAGUCAAGUUGUGGCUUCUCCAAUUAUAUGAACGAUUUGGUUCUAUUUUUGAACCAUUAAUUUUUCGUCCUUCUUAACUAUUGCAUGUUGUUCAUUGGGAUAAGAAAAAGUUUAAAAAUACAAAAAUCCAUUACAUAACUAAACACAAUUCUCUAGUAUAAUUUUGUAAGUCUCAAACAUAUGUGAAAAAGAUUGUGUCCAAUUUGAUGAAAGGUUUUCAUGUACAACUGGAAGAAGUGUAUAGCGCAAGGUGAAAACUCUUAUUGUGGCAGUUCUCUCUCUCUCUCUCUAUAUAGACAUGAAAACUCUUCCAUAAUCCCCAAAGAGAAGUGAGUAGUUUUGUGAGAGAUCAACACCAGCCAACUGACUUUCGAAGAAGUUUAACUUUUAUAUUUGUAUAUAAUAGACUUCAAAUGGAGAGUCAAGUGCUCAUGGAUGCUUCUUCCAGUAGCCGGGGAGCAAGGGAGAACAAGGAUGAGGACUACUGGAGAUACCAACCACUCCUUAAAGCUGCACUCAGGGGAGACUGGGAUUCCGCCAAAGGAUUCUUCGACCAAGACCCAGAUGCACUCACUGCCCAUAUCACUGAUGCAAAGCAGACUGCACUCCACUUAGCAAUCAGUAGUGGAAGGUCAAUCGAAUUUGUGGAGAAAUUGGUGGAUUUGAUGCCUCCAGAGGCGCUGGCACUGCGUGCCUCUCAAGGUAGGACUGCCCUUCACAUUGCUGCACUGUAUGGAAACACCAAGGCUGCGGUUAUCCUGGUGGAGAAACACCCUACCUCCUUAUAUAUUCGCAGCUAUGAUCAGAAUCAGUUACCGCUCCACUUUGCUGCUAAUGGUGGACAUAAGGACACCCUUUUGUAUUUAUUGAGUGUCACAGAGGAUGAUCCAGUGUCCAAGCCAUUCGCAUACCCUUCUGGUGCUCUGCUUCUCUAUCAAGCAGUAGAUUCCGAAUUUUAUGGGUCAAGCGCAAGGACAAAUCCACCAGCAGAACACUAUAUAGCUUUGGAUUUGGUUGGUCGCCAUCCUGAAUUAGGUACGUCAAAACUAGUCGACGAUAAACACGCCCUGAAAACUAUGGCUAGAAAGGCGUCAGCAUUCCCAAGUAGUAUUCGCCUGAAUCGUUGGCAACGAUUAAUCUAUUCUUAUGUUCCUGUGGAAAACUAUGCUGAUCAAGACCACAAUAGAAGUGACAUUGAAAAUCCAGUUAACAGCUCUCAAGUUAUUGCACAGAAACACAGCUGGGCUCGAAUUUUGGGGACAAACUUCCCCAAUUCUGUGAGCCGAAAAUUACAGGCUAUGCUUUGGAAAGUUCUUGAAUUAUUAGUGCCUCACAUAAAACAUGUCCAAAAGCAAAAAUUGAUGCAUUUUCAAGCAAUUCAACUGGUCAAAUCCUUGUGUGAGAAAAUUGGAUCUUCAAAUGACUCAGAGGUUUAUGAAUUAAUUUGCUAUGUAAUCCUUACAGCUACAAGGUAUGGGAUUCAUGAGGUUGUUGAAGAGGUUGUUGAAUCAUUUCCUCAAGCAAUCUGGUAUGUGGACAAUGAUGGUUAUAACAUAUUUGGACUGGCAGUUAUAUAUCGUUGUGAAAAUGUUUUCAACCUCAUCUAUCAAAUGAGUGGACAUAAACAAGAUAUGAUGUUCGUGGUGGACAAAAAUUGGAACACUAUGUUGCACUUGGCUGGACGAUUAGCACCUUUUGACAAGCUCAAUCUUGUUCCGGGUGCAGCUUUGCAAAUGCAACGUGAGUUACAAUGGUUUAAGGAAGUGGAGAAUUUGGUAACACCCGGUUACAAAGAGUAUCAAAACGAAGGAAAUGAAUUUCCUUCAAUGGUAUUUACUAAAGAACACAAAAAAUUAGUGGAAGAAGGAGAAAAAUGGAUGAAAGACACUGCGAACUCUUGCACAAUAGCGGCAGCACUCAUUGCCACUAUAGCAUUUGCAGCUGUAAUCACUGUUCCAGGUGGCACCAAUGGCACAAAUGGCGUCCCGGUUUUCUCAAAAGCAAACGCAUUUAUUGUCUUUAUUGUUUCAGAUGCAAUCUCUCUAUUCACAUCCACCAUGUCUCUGUUAAUGUUCUUGUCUAUCCUCACUUCACGCUAUGCAGAGGGUGAUUUUCUUUAUGUUUUGCCUAAGAGGUUGAUAAUUGGUCUUGUUACCUUGUUCAUGUCCAUAACAACCAUGAUUCUAGCCUUCAGUUCCACACUCUAUCUUGUGUUUGGCAACAAUAAGGAAUGGAUACUUAUUCCAGUGGCUGCAUUGGCUUGUCUACCAAUCACUUCUUUCAUGUUCUUGCAGUUUCCCCUCCUUGUGGAUCUCAUCUCUUCAACAUAUGGCCCUGGCAUUUUCGGCAAGAAAAGUGAUCGGUUUUUUUUUUAGUUACCAUCAGCAACACGGUGAAGAAUUCCAAGCAUGUAUCAUUUUUGGUUUCUUCAAUCAAAAUUUAUAAAUGUAUGAAAAUUCGAUAUUAUGUUUGUAUAUCAUUUACUCUAUAAAAAUCACUCCCCAUGAGGGAGGGGAAGGGUGGGACUUGAUAUC